UAAGAGAUAAACCACAUCGAUUGACUGCAUUCCGCACUAACCGUAGCGUCUGUAAAAAUUAUCGGUAUCACGUUACGUUGGUAUACCUGUUCUUAUCAGCCUUUAAGUCUAAUUCUAAAACCAUGGCGCACCAAGAUGCAGGGAAGAAAUUCGAGGAAAGCGGCCUUGUUCCAGAUAUUUUGGAUAGUCCACCCGGCGAGGCUCUUAAGGUUUCUUAUCCGUCUGGCGUGGCACCGGAAUUCGGCAACGAACUGACGCCGCGACAAGUCAAAGACCAGCCGACCGUCACAUGGAACGCCAAAGAUGGCGAACUGUACACGCUGCACAUGUCCGAUCCGGACGCACCCAAUCGACAGAACCCGGAAGUCGGACCGAUUAACCACUGGCUGGUAGUGAACAUUCCGGGAGGUAAUAUUCAGGCCGGCCAAACUAUCACGGAAUACCGUGGAAGCCGGCCACGCCAGAAUUCAGGUCUGCAUCGCUAUGCGUUUAUGGUGUUCCGUCAGACCGGCUCCAUCACUGUGGACAAUCCGGAUCUGGCUGAGAAUCGCCGCAAAUUCCCCAUUCGGGAUUUUGCCAAGCAGCAUAAUUUGGGCCAACCCAUCGCGGGCAACUUUUAUGUGGCACAGUUUGACGAUUAUGUCGCCAGCGUUAUUUAAAAAGGCCUCGGAAGAAUGUUACGUAAUUGGCACUGCCAUGCAAAAGCACCAUUUUGUUGUAUCAUGCUACAUUAAAAAUUUUUAUUUCG